AUGAAGCUCAAAUAUGAGAUGUUUAUUAUACUUAGUAUACCAACAUUUUUGAUGAUUACACUGCAAUUCAUAAAUGCAGUCAUUAUAUAUAUAGUGUCAUAGAAACUAAUUAAUGAAUACACUUAGAAUUUAUAUUUAGACUAGCAAUAACAAACAAAAGAUAUUAUUUCAGCAUAUAGCUAUGAAUUCAGUCAAAUAUUUCAAAGUUUUUCAAUGAAUUUGUAAAUGUUUGUAAAUUUUGAGUCUAAACUGCUUGCAAAUUAAGUGAAAAUAAAUCCAAAGUAUAAAUAAUCUGCUAUUUUUUUAGAAAAAUUGUAUAGUCAAGAUCCUAGUUAAUAAGAAUUGCUUAAUAUAUAUAAAAAAAGCGAUCUAUAAGUUAGUGUUUGGCUUCAUCCUAAUAUCUCAGAUUUUGACAAGUUAGAUAGUACUGGACAAUAAUAAGUUAAAAGAGCUGGCUAUAUAGAUUUUAUUUGGCGUAUUCUAGAUUAUUAAAAUAGAAUGGAUCAAUUUCGUAGAUAAAUUCCAGUAAAAGACAUAUAUUAAGGUUUUUUUGAAGAAGGUAUACUAUAUUCUACUUCUUCUAAUACCACAUUUUAAAAUUAUGUACUUCCAUAAGGAUGUUAACUUGGAGGUAAAUAUAAAUUUGACUCUAGAUGUAGAAUAUGGUUUGUUGAAGCAAUUUAAAGAUUAGGCAUAACACCAAUUGCUCCAGUUAUGUUUUAUAGUCAGGUAGAUAAACCCUUUUUAGCUACAAAUCUUUGUUAAAGAUAAAAUAUUUAAAGUAGUACUGGAAAAAAAUAAUGGAAACCUUAUUCUGUUGAUUGUUUAAAUUUUAAAUUGUCCAAUUUAUACUCUUUUUUUGAUGAAUAAACGUUUGAUUAUUCACAUACAAUUAUGAUUGAUCCAAGAAGUUAAGAAAUAGUUUAUAAUUAAUUAUAGAAAUUUAACAACACAGUCACUAACCUAUCAGAUGCUGCAUAAGAUAUUUUUCCACAUAGUAAAAAGAAUUCUGAUAGAUUUCUUAAAUUUUUGUAGGAAAAUAUUAAUUCUAUUUACAAUAUUACAGCAAAAUAAAAUAAUAAACCUAAACAUCCUCCAUUUCAUGAUUAGAAUAAUAACUAAAACAUAUUUGAUUUAAUUCCUCCAAGUGUUAAUAUAAGUCUCUAUGAUGAUUUUAUAGAUAGAGUUAGUUAUAUAAGUUAUGGUGAUAUAGAUCUAGAUGAUAUACACUAUUUUGAAUUUGAUACUGCUGAUGGAGAUGAUGUUUUUGUAGUUUUCAGUCCCAUUAAAAUAAUAGAAAAAUUGGGCAAUUAAUAAAGGCAUCUAAAGAACUAAUAAGAUAGGGUAGGAUUUGAUAUCUAAGAUUUAUUUCUAGUAAUUGAUGUUCUUCCAAAAUCUUAUUUGACAGAAUUUUCUGAUUAGCUAAACAAAAAAAUGUCAAUCUUUUUUAUUUCAUAUGGGAUCGGCUCUUGUGUUGCCUUGGUUUUGUUUUUUGCUGUUUGUGGUUUUAUUAGUUUAAGAGUAGCAAUAAUGAUAGAAACGCCUAUUUCUCAUAUGAUAUUAUUAUUAAAAAAAUUAGAAAAAGAAGGAAGUCAAGUAACUCUUGAUUUACUUGAUGAUUCUAUUUAAAUGCCUGAAGAUAAAAUAAUUGUUUCUUUAGAUUCAUUGAUAUUGUUUGAAAGCUUCAAGAGCAUGUUUAAAAUGCUCCAUUAUGUAACUCAAGAUAUAUUUAAUGUUGAAGAGAGCUAAUCUCUACUUCGUUUAAAUUAAUAAGUGAGUUUUUUUAAAAAAUUUCAUAAUUACAGAGCUCUUGGUAUUUGUUACAAUAAUAUGGGAAAUAUUCAUUUUUAAAGCGAGCGUUAUAGUGAGGCUAUGGAGAAUUAUUAUCACUCAAUCAUUUAUGGAUAUUAUGAGUUAGGGUUUUACAAAGAAAGAAAACUAUCAUGUUCUGAAUAAGAAUAGUUUAUAGAAAAUAUAUCAUAAAAUUAAUUAAGAAUAUCUUCAUCAAAGUGCAAAAGUAAUAGCCAAAACGAGGUUAGAGGACUAAAUACUUUUUCUGAAGUAAAUAAAAAUAUUAACAAUUAAUAACAUCAGUCUUUAUCUACAAAAGUUAGAAAUACAAAUAGCAGCGCUAGAAAUUAAAAUAGUGGAGCAGAAAACAAUUAAUAAGAUUAAAAUUUAUAUUAACAGGAGGACUAAAAGCAAUUUAAUUAAGCUAUUUUAGGAUAACCUGAAGAAGAGCAUUAAAAAGAUAAUAAAAAUACUGAUGAAAUCAAUUAAAUUAUUUUUGACAGGAAGUUUAAUUUCACAAAAGCUUUUAACAUGCUCAACUUUCAGCUUUAGAAAUAAGGAUAAUCUUAAUCUGUAUUAUGGGAGGAAUAUGAAACCAUGCUGCUUGAUCUCUUAAAUUUUAAUGAAAAAUUAAAGAGUAUUUCUUAUGGAAGAAUGAUUCUUCUUUCAACUUAGCUUUCUCUUUGCUAUCUCUAAAUGAAUGAUCACAAAAGAUCAAUAUAUUAUCAAAAGUAGGCUAUAAAAUCAUAUAACGAUGCUUUAGAAAUUGAAUCAUUAGCAAAAAAGCAUAGUCUUAAAAAAAAUACCUGUAAUUCCCCUCGUUUUGGAGGACAUUUUAGGCUAGAUUUUAGUCAAGAAGAAGAUGAAUGUGACAACGAUGAGAAUAAGAAUAUAAACAAAGAGGAAAAAUCGAUUAAUCCUUAAAAUAAAGAAAAUAGCUUUUUAAAUAAUCACUUAGAAAAUGAGCUAAUUGAUGAAAAUGUUAACAAUUCAUUUAAAAAGUAAAAUCCUACUAAAAAUGAUAAUAAAUCAAUCGUAUCAAAAGAGUAUAAUCGCUAAUAAAAUACAAUAGAUAUCAAUCAAGUUAUGUACUAAGCAACAAAAAACAUGGAUGAAGAGAUAUCAAUAGACAAUCUAUUUAAAAAGAGAUACUCAAAUGCUCAUAACAUCUAAAUAGAAAUUGAUCGUUUGAGCAAUAUGAAUAAUAAUUAGCUUAAUAAGGUAAAAAAUAAUUAAAAACCAUUCAAAGAAGCUUAACAAAAUGGGGAUGAAGAAGAAGAAAAAUAGCAAUUACCAUUACAUAAUAAUAAUAAUUAAAAUUAAGAUGAAUAUAAUAAAAGUCGAAGCUAUAAUGCCCAUCAUUUUAACAAUUCUGGAAUUGAAAAUAUUGAAUUUAAGAAUAAUAAGAAAGAAAAUAAUUAAAAUAUUUAAGAAAAUAGUGAGUAAUUUAAUACUAACUUCAGCAAUGAAUAAUUUAAUUAAGAGAGAGAUCGCUUAUAUUCUGAGCAUAGCAAUUUUUAGAGAAAACCAAGACGCUCUAAAUAUUAGUAGGAAUCUUUUCAGGGAUUGGAUUUUGAAAAAUCUAGACGCUAAAGUAAUGAUAAAUGCAUUAAAAAAAAAUAAAAUAAAAACAAGUUAAAUAAUUCAUUUUCAAUCAAUAGGAAUUAAACAUCUUACACCUAAUAAAGUAAAAGGAAUUCUUUAAAGCACUUUUAAUAGGGCCAUACGUUAUAAGUUCCUUCAAAAUAAAAUACUUUAUGUGUAACCUAUUCUGCUGGAGCCAAUUAGCUUUCUGUGAACUCAGUUGGAUAAUUAAAUUCAGCUAUGAAGCAUGCAUUAACUCUACCAACUCAGCAUCCAGAAAAUUUAAUUUAAUAAUAAAAUACUUUCGAUUAUAAUCAUCAUAGAAGCAAUACUUCGUUGACUAGGAAACAUGCUAAUUCAGCUUCAAACUAAAAUUAGCAAAAAAAAAACAAAACUCAAUCUGUAAAUGUCAACCAAUAUCAUAUCGAUUUAACAAGACCUAGAAGUCUUGCUUUACAAUAACUUUCUCAAGCUUAGAAUAAAAUUAAUGAAAAAAAUGUAGCAAAUUUAUCUGUAAUUCCAUCUCAUUAAGGAACGCUUAAUAUUUUAACUUAAGAUACAUCUAAUAACAAAAUAACAUAAAAUUCUUUAGUUGCAAAUACAUUUAAUAACAAUAUAAAUGUGCGAGCUUAAAAUCAUUUAAUUAGAUGUAAAGAUUGCAGUGUUUAUGAUGAUAUAGCAUCAAUAUCUAGCCAUGUUUAGUAAUAAAACCAAUAGCAGUAAACUUAUUAAUAAUAAUUACAUUCAAGCAAUCUCUAACAAAAUUAAAUGCUCAUCAAAAAGCAAAAAAUUAAAAAGAAAAACCUACAUCUUAUAUCUAAGAUAAAUAAAAAUUUAGAAGAAAAUGAUGGGAAAAAGAUAUCAAAAUAUUAGCUUCCUUGUAAUAUCCUUCUUUACUAUGUAGGUAUUUAGGAAGCCAAGAUUUUAAUAUUUGAAAAAUAAUACUAAUCUGCUGCUUACUUGUUAACAGAGCUUUUAGAAAACGUAAAAUACUAUUUACCAUAUUACAGAAAACAAUGUUUAGUCUUGCUUAAUGAAAUUUUUUAGUAUAGUCAUGUUAACAUAGAAAAAUAACUACAUGACAUGAUUGAGAGAUUUGACUGUACAAUUGCAUUUAAAGUUGCUUCAAUUAUAGCUGUAAAUACAGCAUAUUCAGAUGCUGCUAAAACAUGUCAACAUUUGAUAAAAGAAGUACUAGCAAAAGAUGAGGAUUUAUUUUCAUUGAUUAUUUUUAAUUCUUUAAUUCUCAAACAAGUAAUGCCACCAAUAUGUAUGAAAUAAGUGAAGUCUGCAUCUGAAUAUUUUGACACUUUAUUAAACUAUAUUUCUGGAGAUGCUGACUCUGUUGAAAUAUCUUCUUAUUCUUAUGAAUUUAAUGACGAAUAACAUAUUGCAAAUCAUAGCUUAUAAACAAAUUAAAAUAAUUAAUAUAUAAACCCUUCGUUAGUCCGCUCAAACACGAAUCACACAUAUCCAACCUUCACUGAAAAUAAUGAUUUAAAUUUUUAGACAGCAUAAAAUGAUUAAUAAAAUCUCUUUACAGAAAAAUCACAUCAAGAUAUUUUGUAAUUGCUAUCACCUUAGUCAUUUGUUCCAACUGAGUCUGAUAUGUUUUAAUUUCACCCAAAACAUGGAAGCUAAAGAUUGAUUUUAGGAGGAACUGAAAUAGAAUCUCCAAGGUACAGCUAUAACAAAUUUAACAUGCCUUUUACUCUAAUGGCUCCUAUAAAGGAGAGUAGCAAAGAAAUUAAUCUUAUUGAGUCUAACUUAAUGGACACACACAAAAUUAUAACUCCUUUAUCAGCUCUAAAAAGUUAAUCAGAAGUAUUUAGCAACAGGAAUUAGUGGAUUGUUUCAAAUACUAAUAUAAAAAUAAAAAAUCAAGAAUCUAAUAAGCUUCUUAAAAAUAGUAUUAUUUUAGAAAAUAGCGAGAAUGUAGAAAAUAAUGAAAAUUUUACAGAAUAAAGAUAAAAUUUCAAGGAAAAAGAAUAAUAAGGAACUUCAUCUUCUAGAAAAAAAUCACUAUCUCUAUCUUUAUUAAAGUCUUCUUCUUAAAAUCAAAACUAAAAAUCUAUUUUUACUCUCAAAAGCUCAGAAAAUUAAUAAAUAUAAAGAAAAAGAAAUAGUUCUGCACCAAAUAAUCUUAGUCAGCAAAUCCCUCAAAUUUUAGUUAACUAAUAAGCAUAAUCUUAAAAAAAUGAGGAGGAUUAGCAAAUAUUAUAAGAUAAUAGCUUCAAGGAUAGUCUUUACGAAUAAAAUAACAUAUCCAAUAUUAAAAAAUAAUAAACAGAGAUAUAUGAAAAUAAUUAAGAUUAGCUAAGAAUUUAAUAAAAUAGGAAUGAAUUUAUGAACGAUGAAGAAAUAUUGCCAACUUAUAAUAAUAAUUUAUAUGAAAAUAAAGAUUCCCCACAUAUAGACUCUUAAAUUAAUUUACUUUAAUUAUAAUUAAAUAAAAAGAAUUAAGAUAACAAUCAUAAUUUAUAAUAGCAAAAUAAUGAGAACCUUUAGUAUAAAUAAAGCAGCUUAUAAUAUUUAAUUUAAAAAGAUAUUGAUUAGAUAGAUCCAAACCAAGAUUAGAAUGAAGAAAAUAAUAAUAAACUAAGAUCUAUAACUUUAAAUAAUACACAUAAACCUAUAAUCAGAAGUUCUUUUAGUAAACAUGAAGAUAUUAGAAAAUCAAAAAAUUCUAAUAACAUGUUAAGUUAAGGAACUCUUCUGCUAUCUGCCUAAUCAAUACCAAAUUCUCUUUAAAGUAAAUAAUUUCAAAGCCUAGCAGAGCAAGAUGAAGAAUAAAUAGACACACCUUUGAAAAACAAUUAAAAAAGAAAAAAAAUAUUGGAAGAAUAGUUUAAAAGAGUAGAGAGCAAAAAAUAUAUAGAAACUGAAGAAAUACAUUCUUAUUAAUCUUCAUUAAGAUAAUAAUAGGUUAAUUAAGAUAACUAUUUUUAUAAAUUCGACAGAUUAGAUAAUGAAGAAUAAAACAUAAAUAAAUCAAACAUUAAUUAAGUAUUUCAUUUAUCAGUGAGAAAAGCCCUAGCAAGCUUCUUUGAAAAUGAAAUUACAAGAUAUAAACAACAAAUAAUACUGACUUAAGACAAUGUUAUAAAUAAAAACAAAAAGUUUAUUGUCUUUAUAACUGAUUUUUAAGGUUUUAAAGAAAAUAAAUUGUAUGAUCUCAUGGCAGAAGAGCUUUACAAAACAUAGACUUAGUUGUUAAUUUUGCAGUUGGAUUAUGAAGAAUCGAUUUAAGAAAAUACUUAGAAUUAAGAUGUUUUUUAUAAGGGGAAAUCUGUCAUAAAAUAUUUUUAUACAUAAGAAAAACUACUUUAGUAUAUUAGAAACAAAAGAGAACCAAUGAAAAACUUUGGUAUUCCAUUAAUGAUGGAGCACUUUUAAUGA